AUGUCCUCGCCUUCGAUACCUCGAGGACUGACAACCUAUUGGGGACAGAAUUCAUAUGGUGCUACGCACUCCGACACCGCGAACUUCCAGAAGAACCUUUCCUUCUACUGCCAGGACGAUGCAAUUGACGCAUUCCCGAUCGCGUUCUUGAAUGUCUUCUUUAGCACCGGGGGCCUGCCAUCUAUCGACCUUGCAAACAUCUGCAGCACCGCAACAAAUCCGCUCUUCCCUGGCACGAACCUGCCUGACUGCUCGUUCAUCGCCUCGGACAUCGAGACCUGCCAGUCUAAGGGCAAGAUCGUCACGAUCUCCCUCGGUGGUGCCACCGGUGGCGCCGGCUUCACCUCCGCCUCCCAGGCGUCCGCAUUUGGUGACACUAUCUGGAACUUGUUCCUCGGUGGAACGAGCAGCACUCGUCCCUUCGGUAGUGCUGUCCUCGACGGUAUUGACUUGGAUAUCGAGGGUGGCUCCACCCAGUACUUCGAUUCUUUCGUCAACCGCAUCCGGACACUGGCAUCAGGCGCUCCCAAGAAGUACUAUGUUACUGGCGCUCCCCAGUGCCCCUACCCCGAUGCCUACAUGUCCACGGUCUUGAACGCUGUCGGCUUCGACGCCGUCUACGUCCAGUUCUACAACAACUAUUGCAGCUUGCCCAACUUCAACAACGCCAAUGACUGGGACUUCGGCCUCUGGGACACUUGGGCGAAGACGGUCUCGCCCAACCCGAACGUCAAGAUCUACAUCGGCGCUCCUGGCUCGAGCUCUGCUGCUGGCUCGGGCUACGUCGACGCAACUACUCUCGCCAACAUCGCCCUCUCGACGCGCAGCCAAUACUCCUCUUUCGGCGGUGUCAUGCUCUGGGAUGCCUCGCAAGCAUACGCGAACGGCCGCUUUGACCUCGCUAUCAAGAACGCCAUCAAACAGGGCGGCAACGGCGGCACGACCUCCACUCCGGUCACGGUCUCUGUCCCAUCCACGACUAGCACUCCGGCGACGACGACGACCCCCACCACGGUCUCCACUCCCAAGACCACCUCUACCACUCCGGUUUCGACCACGACCGCGUCCUCAGGCUCCUGCGCGAACGUCGCCGCGUGGGUCUCGAACAUUGCCUACAACGGCGGGCAGCAGGUCGUGUACAACGGCCACCUCUGGACGGCGAAGUGGUGGAGCUAUGCCGACGUUCCUGGAGGCGCGGCGGGCGACUGGACCGAUGACGGCGCGUGCACGUCGUUCAACGCUGCGAUCCCCACUCAGCGGUCCGCGUUCAUGAGCGCGAUCAGCUCCGCGCCUAAACCCACGCAGUGA